AUGGAUUCGAAAUUCAGCGUGUACACUCAAAAUGUCACCUUCCUUGACCGGAGUGGAAGGAUCGUGAAUGCAUCCAUGACCGAUGUGGACAUGUUCAUCCAGUACAAUACUAGGGCUUGUAUCAACUAUGGAUCCCAACUGGGCGCGUCGAUCGCGCUGCUGGUGAUUCUCCUGCUCUUGACGCACUCCGACAAGCGAAGCUCGGCAGUUUUUGUCCUCAAUGCCCUGGCCUUGUUCUUCAACAUUGCGCGAUUGCUCUUCCGGGUCAUCCAUUUCGCCACAGCCUUUGAGAAGUUCUACCCGUACUUCGCCUAUGACUACGCUGAUGUCCCGACCAGCGCAUACGCUAUCUCCGUUCUUGCCGUGAUCUUCGAAACCAUGCUGGUUAUCUGUGUCCAGGUCUCGCUCGUGCUCCAGGUCCAAGUCGUGUGUUCGACCCUGCGCCGUCGGUACCGCCGAGCCCUCCUGUGUUUGUCUAUCGUGGUGGCCCUGGUGCCGAUCGGAUUCCGCACAGGAUGGAUGGUGGAGAACUCGAUGCACAUCAUCUCGCUGGACAACAUGGAGGAGAUCUGGUGGCUGGAGAGCUCGAUCAACAUCGUCAUCACCAUCAGCAUCUGCUUCUUCUGCGUCGUGUUCCUCGCUAAGCUAGGCUAUGCCAUCCGCCAGCGCCACCGGCUCGGGCUGCGCGAGUUCGGCCCGAUGAAGGUCAUCUUCGUCAUGGGAUGCCAGACUCUCAUUGCCCCGGCCAUUCUGUCCAUCCUGCAGUACCUCAUCGUCGUGCCGGAGUUGAUGUCCAAUGUUCUGACGCUGGUGGUGAUUUCUCUCCCUCUCUCAUCAAUCUGGGCUGGUGCCGCCCUCGAGUCCUCGCGUCGCACCACCACACCCAUCCAUCAGCGCCGCAACUUGUGGCGUAACCUUGCUGGCGGUGUCAGCAACGGCACAGCACCUGCUAAGCCCGUGGGCUCGGACAUGUCAGCAAGCACCGCGGCCCAGACCCUGUGCUACUCCGAGCAGUCUGCCAACAAGAACUCGGAGCCAGACCCCCACCAUGGAAUCUCUAUCGAGCAUGACAUCUCCAUCCAAACUCUUCGUCGGAACCAAUCACCUGUGUGA